AGGAGGAGCAGCGAGACAGAGGCGGAGCCUCGGCCAAGUUCUGACCAGAACUUCUACCGAGUAACCUCCAGCUCUCUGUCUGCGUCUACAACAAUAGCAACACCACGAAAAGGCACAUUCAGCAGCCCAUCCGCAUAAAAAACAAAAUAUGAAUGCAGCCGGGUUGAUCUGCGCAGUGCGGACAAGGUGCGUGCAGACCUUCCGACGACCUCCGCUGCUGCUUCCGUCUGUGUCCGUCUCCUCCUCUUUCCCGGUUCAGAGGUGCCUGCAGUCCACUCAGCCCGUCCCUGCUGCCCGGCUCCCUUACAGGGUGAAGCUGUCUGCCGGGAAACGCUACGCCUGGUGUGCUUGUGGUCACAGCAAGAAACAGCCUUUCUGCGACGGCACUCACAAAGCAAAAGCCCCAAGUAUCUCACCUUUACUUUUCACUGCCGACAAAAACAAGACGGUGAUGCUCUGUGCCUGUAAGCAAACCAAGAACUCCCCGUACUGCGACGGCUCGCACUUGAAAGUCAUCUAUAGGGAUGUGGUAAAGUAUGUUAAAGGCCUGUUUAAAUGAUCCAGGUCUUCAUUAUCUUACCUGGCCACAAAGUACUUUUGAUAAAACACAAACGUAUUCAAGCUUUUUUUUUUUUUUUUUUUUUUUUUUUGUAACAUAAUAUUGUUCAUGAACACUAAAAGAAGUCUUAUUGUAUUCAUCAAAUUGCGACUGUAGAAGUGUGAACCUGAUUUCUGUAAGAGUUCAAUAAAAACAUAUUUUUAUGAAACAUU